GCCGAGUGUUGAUUUUCUGCAUCCCAAUCCACAAUUGAUCCAUUCCCCAUUGACACCAGUAACCUAAUAUCAACCAUGGCCCCUGAGAACAUGAAGCAGUGGACCGUGAAGGGCAAGGCCAACGGCUUUGAUGAGCUUGCCUACGAUGAUGCGCUAGUCCCCAAGGUUGGCGAUAACGAUGUGUUGGUGAAGUUCCACGCCGCCUCGCUCAACUAUCGCGACCUUAUCAUCCCAAAGGGCGUGUACCCCUUCGCCCUCAACUUUCCUGUUGUGCCGGGCUCGGAUGGAGCCGGUGAGGUCGUUGAAGUGGGUCCCAAGGUGUCUCAAUUCAGCAAAGGAGACAAAGUGAUCACCUUGUUCAACCAGCUGCACCAGUACGGUCCUAUUGAUCCAAGGGCUGCCGGAUCUGGCCUGGGUGGUGUUAUUGAUGGUACUUUGCGUCAGUACGGCGUCUUCAACGAGAAUGGCCUGGUGAAAAGCCCGAAGAACCUCACCCACCUUGAGGCCAGCACGCUCUCGUGUGCCGCUCUCACCAGCUGGAACGCCUUGUAUGGCCUGAAGCCUCUCCAGCCGGGACAGACUGUUCUGGUGCAGGGAACUGGCGGCGUUAGCUUGUUCGCACUGCAGUUCGCUAAAGCUGCCGGAGCGACUGUCAUCGCUACCACCUCCUCUGAAGAAAAGUCGGAGAAGUUGAAGGAGCUUGGCGCAGACCACGUUAUCAACUACAAGUCCGAUCCCAAUUGGGGCGAGACUGCUCGCAAGCUCACCCCCGACAAUGUUGGUGUGGACCACAUCGUCGAGGUUGGCGGCAGCGGAACUCUUAACCAGAGCUUCAAGUGUAUCAAGCUCGAGGGUGUCAUUAGCAUUAUUGGUUUCCUCGGCGGUGUCGACCCCAAGUCCCAGCCGAGCAUUCUCGACACCCUCAGCAACAUCUGUACCGUUCGGGGUGUUUACGUUGGAAGCAAGGAAUUACUGAAUAACAUGGUGAAGGCUAUCGAGGCUAACGAUAUUCAUCCUGUUGUGGAUCCUAAGGUCUUCAGCUUUGAGAAGGCUAAGGAUGCUUAUGAAUACAUGUGGGCCCAGAAGCACUUCGGAAAGCUGGCGAUCAAGAUCGAUUAAACGCUCUUUGAAGCUCAAAUACCUAAUGUAAUGAAUAUGACUGAUCAAUGACUUUUAUAGAGAAUGAACAUUUGAUGAGCAUAAUACAGAUGAUUUCCAGGCUAGUACUUCAAUUAACUGACUUAGAGCU